AUGAGUUUCGAAAAUGAAAUCUACGUUACCUCGAGAAGUCGAGCGCCUUCGCUUAUUGAUGUUACGUCCCAGAACGAUCGCGUGUUUUCUCAGCUGCCGGAUAUUAUACAGGAGGCUGCUGUUUCUACCGAGUUCUCAAGUCAAAGAUUGAGAAUAAGCCGUGUCCAAGAUGGAACGAUCGACACCAACUUCAUGACGGAACCAAUGUUCUUCAUAACAUCAAGAACUGACUCUGGAAUCGACAUACCCGACCUCGACGUCAACGAUGAGAAGUUUCUUGGCAAAUAUGGGUCCGACCUGACUGCGAACUUCGCAGAUAUCAGAGUCUACGGCUCCAAAGCAUUUGUCCAGAAACGCAACAUCUCCAAUGGAUCACUCUACUCCAUCAGCACUUGCGCCACAGGUUAUAUCUGGGUAUCUACAACGCUCACAUACGAAGCUAUCGAUCAAGCUGAGUUCUCAGACAUCGAGAUCCAGAUCGGUACAUUUGCUCUCAAAUCGCGAGCGAUUACCACUGUUGAGUUUCCAUGUCGAUACAGAUACUCGGGACGGGACGACCCACUUGAUGGUCAGCUCUCCCUCCUCUGCUCAACAGUUCUAGCAAAGUAUCUCCGCCUCCGCAUGAUCGGCGCACAAUACGAAGAAGCCGCUGAAUCUGCGAUCAAACAAAGCCGCGCCGAAUUAUCACCCCUACGGAUUGUCGAUCCAGAGGAUUAUACGUUGUUUUAA